AUGGAGGUAAAGAGCAUUCAUCGCUUUGAAAAGUUGAAUCCAGAGAUUGGGGUCAACGUUUACAUGUAUGAAAAUGGGCUCAAUCCCUUGAGAGUGACCAGCCAAGACCGUGACUGUAAGCAUAUUGAUCUUCUUCUCAUUGAAGAUGGUGAUAAAAAACAUUGUAUCAUCAAAAAUUUGAGUCGACUUGUAUCGAGUGAGUUGUCAAAGAGAAAAAACAAGAAGUUUAUAUGUAGGAGGUGUCUUAAUUAUUUCGGUUCUCAGCGACUUCUUGACACUCAUGAUGUGCUGUGCCGAUUUCAUGAGGCUGUGAGAGAAAAGAUGCCGAAAGAGGAUACUUUCCUCUCUUUCAAAAACCAUCACAAAAAGAUAGACAUGCCGUUUGUCGUCUAUGCCGAUUUUGAAUCAAUCAUUAAACUAUUGCACUCAGCUCAACCUAAUCCUGAAGAGUCGUACACAGAGAAGAAGUCUCAGCAUAUUCCGGUAAGUUUUUCCUACUAUCUCAAGUGCACAUUUGACGAUAGAUACUCGAAACUGCUUGAAUACACAGCAAAGUCUGAAGAUGAAGAUGUGGCGCAAACAUUCGUUGAAUCGCUUGAAGAGGAGGUUAAGUCUAUUUACGAAGAUCAUCCUCCUAAAAAGAUGAUCUUCACAAAGAGUGAUGCUGUCGAAUUUGAAAAUGCGACGUGUUGUUGGUUAUGUGGAAAAGAUUUUGAAGAGGGGGAUAAAGUUCGCGAUCAUUGUCAUUACACCGGCAAAUUUCGAGGAGCUGCACAUAACAGCUGCAACCUGAAAUUCCAACGGCCAAAAUUCACACCUGUCGUGUUGCACAACUUGGCAAACUAUGACGCUCAUCUCUUCGUUAGAAAUCUUGGUGUUUUAGGAGGAGACAUUGAUUGCAUACCAAACAACGAAGGGAAAUAUAUUAGCUUCACAAAACACGUUGUGGUUGACAAGUUUUUCGAAGAAGAUAACAAACUCGUUGAGGUAAAGAGAGAGUUGAGGUUUAUUGACAGCUUUAAAUUCAUGGCUUCCAGUCUUGACGAGCUUGUCAACAACCUCGCCAAAAAGGGUAAGCCUUUCUUCCAAAAUACAAGAAAAUAUUAUUCUGGAGAAAAGCUUAAUCUGUUGAUGAGAAAGGGUGUUUAUCCUUAUGAAUGGAUGGACUCUAUACACAAGCUUGAUGAGCCGCAACUUCCGCCAAAAGAAGCUUUCUUCUCCGUGUUAAGUGGUAAAGGUAUCUCAGAUGAAGACUAUACCCAUGCUCAAAAUGUCUGGAAAGUCUUUGGAUGUAAGACAUUCAGAGAUUACCACAAUCUCUACAAUCGAAGCGACGUUCUUUUACUAGCCGAUGUGUUUGAAAACUUUCGAAAACUUUGCAAAAAGAACUACGAUCUCGAUCCUUGCUGGUACUUCACAGCACCGGGUUUGGCUUGGGAUGCUUGCCUCAAGUUGACUAAAAUAAAACUUGAGUUGUUGAGUGAUAUAGAUAUGUUGCACAUGUUUGAGGCCGGUAUUCGCUGUGGGAUUUCAAUGAUCUCGACAAGGCAUGCAAAAGCCAACAACAAAUACAUGGGAGAAAGGUUUGACCCUAGCCAACCUUCAAAGUUCAUCACGUAUCUCGAUGCAAACAACCUUUACGGUUGGGUGAUGAGUAAGAGUCUACCGACGAGAGGGUUUAAAUGGGAAUAUGAGAAAGACUUUGGAAAAUGGAAGAAUUUCCCCUGCAUUCUCGAAGUCGACCUGAAAGGUGUCAAAGAAGAGCUUCACGAUCACUUCAAGGACUACCCACCCGCUCCUGAGAAUCUGUUGAUUGGGAAAGUACAUAAGCUGGUCUGUACGUUAAACGAAAAGAAGAAGUACAUCGUUCAUCAUGAGACAUUGAAGCAUUACAUGAGUCUUGGAAUCGAGAUCGGAAAGAUUCAUCGCGUCAUCAGGUUCAAAGAGAGACCUUGGAUGAAGAAGUACAUCAAUUUAAACACAAAAUUGAGAGCAAAGGCUAACAACGACUUUGAGAAAGACUUUUACAAGCUGAUGAACAACGCUGUCUUUGGUAAAACCAUGGAGAACAUUCAAAAACGCGUUGACGUAAGACUUGUCACCUCAGAUGAGAAGGCAAAGAAGUUGACAAAUAAGGUCAACUUCAAACACUGCACCAUCUUCUCUAAGGAUCUCAGCGCAAUACAUAUGGGAAAGACGCAGAUUCUCUUCAAAAAGCCUCUCUAUCUCGGGAUGAGCAUCCUCGAUAUCAGUAAGAUAUUAAUGUACGACUUUCACUACAACUACAUCAAACCUAAGUACCCAGAGGGUAGAUCAAAGCUUCUUUUCACGGACACAGACAGUCUUUGCUAUGAGAUUGAGACUUAA